AGGGGGGUAUGGAGUGAAAUUUGAAAACGUGUUCGGCUUAGAGAAAUUACAGAGAAAUGGCUACGAAUUCGAUCGAGAAUCUUCACAGUUUAGAAAAGGCCUUCUUGGAAAGGAACGAAGAGAAGAUAAAUACGUUAAUUGAUUCUUUAGGGCAAAGUAUUUCUGAAUUAGAUGAUUUGGAGGAGUUGAGGGUCAUUGUUGCAUGUAUAUGUAGAGGAGAAUAUUUGAAGGCAUUGCAACAGAAAACUGCACAAAGCCUGCUACAUAAUGCAGCAGUUACUGCAGAAAAUAAGCAGCUGAUCCAGGAGACCUCUCUACUGUUACAAGAGGACUCACUUAUAAGACAUGCAGUGGUGUUUUUCAUAGGCGUGGCAUGUUUAGACCUUUUCAUCCAGUGUAACUGGACUGGCCCAGUACCUCCUCUAUCUUCCAUUCUGCCUUGUGAUUGUUCUAAUCAACAAAUCUUAACAAGACUGAGUGAGGAUGGAGAGUUCAUUAAUAAUCCACUGAUGGAGGGUCUGUUAUUUUUGUUGGUUGCCAAAAUAGUCUUAGUUGAUUGUGAGGAGUCUUUGACAGUCUGCCAGACUGCCUCCCUUUGGGCAUUAAGAUGUCUAGCAAUACAGAGACAACUCUCAGAUGAAAGAAAUGAUUUUAUGAAGAAUAAGAUUCUUAGGUUGAUAGAUAAAGUUCAAGAGAGCUCAACCUUACUUUCUGAAGAACAAAGCAGGAGCAGUGCAAGCCAGAUCCACCUGGAAUUUGGAUACUUGUAUCUUUAUUACUAUGACACCAAAAGAGCCAGGGUAUCGAGAACUUUUUUGUAGAUCAGUUUCUUUAGGCAAAGGUCAAUUGAACAGAUCUUUUAACUUUGAUCUUGAAUUAAAUUGAAAGAUGAAAUUGCAAAAAUUAUCAAAAACGGAGAAUUACCAGUGAGUAAUGCUGGAGGCUUGGGAAGUUAAGCAGGAUAUGAAUUUUAACAUUAUACAAUCAAACCUCUUCAACAUGAACUCUGAAUUAUGGGAUAGAGAGCAAACCAGGUUUCUUUAGUAGAGAGGGCAGUCUCUAGUGUUGCGAGGCUAGUCUUAAAUGACAAAGAUCUGCAUUCGGUGGAGGUAGAUGUCUCUGUCAUGCUCCUUGAUUCUGUCUUGCUUAAGUCUUCCAGCCUUACUGAUGUAAACUUUUCCAAAUUCAAUGGAAUCCUGUUAGCAAACCCAAUACUGUAAAAGCCCACAUUUAAGGAAUUUAGGAAUUUAAUUUGUUUGCCAUGGGAAUGGCAGGAGAAAGGAAUAG